AUGUCCGAGCAUGUUCAGGACAAACCCAGUCGCGAUGACCAGAAAUCCGCGUCAGUUGGGAAUGAUUCAUGGGAUAAAUUGGCAUGGAACGGAGGACCGAACGUCUCCGUUCAGCGAAUUAUGCCAUUAGCCAAACAGGUGUCCGGCUCCUCCGAAAGGCAUUCCCCUUUCGAGUAAACGCUAUCAUUGUCACCGGCCUGGGUGGUGUUGGCAAGUCCUCGUUCGUCAGGUCAGUCACAAGCGAAGACGUGCCGGUCAGCAAGGGGUUGGCUCCAUGCACCAAAGCACCAGGCUACUACUCCACCAUCAUCGACAGCCAGCCAUACAUCCUCGUUGACACCCCCGGCUUCAACACCACAGACCCAGAUCUCGACAUAUUCCGCGAUAUGAUGACCGGGCUUGCCACCCUUCAGCCCUUCGUUAACUACGUCGGCGUUCUGUAUGUCACCAAUCUCGAGGCAGGACGCCUCGGGCCGAUCCAUAUCAAGAUGCACCAGUUCUUGGAGAGUCUCUGCGGGCCAGCCUUCUUCCAAAACAUCACGAUUGUCACCACACAUUGGGACUAUGUGUCGAAGAGAGCCGCAAUGGAUCGAGCUGCCGACACGGUGCCAGAGUGGGAGGGGCAUUGGGACCGGCUUCUGAAUCCAGGACAAGGUCUUUCAGGCGCACGCGUAUACCAUCACGGCGUUAAGCUGAAGAAGUCUGAGGGUAAAUUAACGGUCGUCGACCUACUUGACAUACAAGAUCAAGCAAAAGAGCGCCAUCAGGAAGCAAUCGCCAUGAUUGCUAGUCGGUACCGCGAUGCGCCGACGAUUGAGAUGCAGGUCAUGACGGAACUGCAUGCCAAGAUCGAUGUUAUGCAAACCACGGCUGCUGGGGUCCUUCGAGGCACAGCCCCUGCAGCUUCUACGACUCCGAACAGUACGACUUCACCCUCGUCGACCCCGGACUCGGCGGAUGUCCCCAAUUCGGAACGAAACAGCGGAACCAACACUGACGGCGACAAGUGGAGAGAAACAAAGGAAGAUUCUUGGUUCGACAAAAAGAACUUGAGAUUCUGGGCGAGGGAACUCGCGGUCCUUGCCGGUACGCUCUUCGGUGCUUACAUGCGGAAUCCAGAUGGAGGAGAAUACUCCUUUUCUUCAAACGACCGCAACUUUGAUUCCGUAUUCUUUGAUUCAGACCUUGAAGACGGGUUUCCGGAUGAUACCCCCAAUGGCUCAGAAUCAUCGGGCAAAGGGUGGUGUGUCAUCAUGUAAGCAUGGCGGUUUUCUUAGUUUCUGGCGCUGCUUCUGUCGUAAGGUGAAAUUAUUCAGUUUCGUACUUAGUUGGGUAAUAGUUCCUGUGCGCUUCUUUGCAAUCUUGGCGGCUGGACAAAAUACUUAGUCAUAUAGCUUAACGGCUGAGAGCGAACUGUUAGUAACGUAAAGUUUGGCGAUCGCAUUCGAUCAACCUGGUAGGCUUUUUAGGGAUUGUUGCAGUAUGCCUUCAAAUGCUUCAACUAUUCUAUUCUGGAUCAAAUGCAAAACCUAGCACUAUAAAU